UUAUUGCCAUAAGAGCAACAAAAUUAAGCCGAAAACCCCGAAAUUUUCGUGGUUCGAAUUCUCCAGCAAAGAAUCUAGAUAUCAAGAUUAAGUGGCCAUGGAGUCACCGCUGAAGAACAUUCCUAUGGACGUGCAAUUAGAACUGCAAGACAAAUUUGAAAAGGUGUCGAAGCUUUUGAACGAAGAGAGCAAGCUGGACCCACCUAACAACCCGUACAGGUCUAAGUACAAAGCACAAGCCAUCCUCAAUGAGAUGAAGACCUUAAUCACGUACCAUAUGGAUGACCUGGCGUCGGAUGAUGCGGAACGCCCUAGAAUCCACGCAAUGUUAGGAUCGGUGCUCUUGAACCUGGGUGUAACAUCAUUGGAUGUCGAGGAGCUGUCAACGGGCGAAGAACAACUCAACAACUGCAUUGACACAAUGGAAGAAUUCAGAUUACACCCGCUUUGCAUUAUUUUCGUUCUAAAUGCACUAAACCAACUUGGAAUUCUCUGGUCCGAGCGUGAUGACCCCAAAAGGUCACUGGAGCUCUUGGGAUUGGCGGAACAAACAUACAAAGACUUCAAGGCAGACCAGCAAGGUGCCUCAAAAGCUGCUGUGUCUCCGUAUGAUUUGUUUUCCACCAGUGACAAAAAGGAUGACGGGGAGGAAAACUUGGAGAAAACCCACACUCUCACUUUGUACUACCUGGCUCAGGUUUAUGGAACUCUGGGUCACACCUUGAAGUCUGCUCUUUACUGCCACAACACACUAAGGAGGCAACUGGAGAGCAAGGAAUUUGACCCAAUUGAUUGGGCCUUAAACUCUGCAACUCUGUCGCAGUUCUUCGCGACGCACAACGGUUUCAAAGAAGCAAGACACCACUUGGCUGCAGCUCAGCUGAUACUUGAUAGACACAAAGAGACCUUGGAUCAACAAGAAGAAUCCACGGAAGAAAAGGAUGCAAAAUUAGAGAGACUGAAUCACAGGAGUGCUGAUGUUUCCCGUUGCUGGGCCAAAUAUGGACUGAAUUUGUUGCAGAUGUCUCAAUCUAGACUUGUUAGACUUUCCAAUGAGGACGCACCAGACAGUAGAAUGCCCCCUUGUGUAGAAGAUGGAUCGCUGACCCUACGGAACCUUGCUGUCAGCUCUUUAAUUUCGCCAGAUAAAGUGGAGAAUUUAACAUUUCCCUCUUUGGAACUUGAUGUGCUGGAGACAUGCGUCACUGACAAACCCGCAAACGUGUUCGAAGAGGCCCGUCCAAUAUUUUUGAAUGCCAAAGAUUGGCUUGACAAAGCGAAACAAUACUACACAAUGGAAAAUCACGCAUCAGAUGCCGUUGAGAUCAUGCAAGACACUAGUAGGCUUUACCAAAGCUUGAUUUUCUUUGAGGACGAUGAGGACAGGCAGAGUAAAAUGCACAAGAGACGGAUAGACAUUUUGGAAGAAGCUCUAGGACAGCUCAACCCUCAGUUUUACUUGCCUAUUUGUCGACAGCUGUGGUUUGAACUGGCAGAAACCUACACUGAAAUGUUUGAGAUCAAACGGCAAAAAAUGAGGAGUUCCGAUGAAGGGCCAACCCCCCACUCCUUGCAUAAGAUUAACCAGCUUGUUGCCAAAGGAGUUCAGCAUUUGAAUAAUUUCAUUCAGUCUCUAUAUGCCAAAGGAACAAAGUGUUUGCCAGAGGUUAUCCAAGAAGAACUGGUCCGGCCAUUGUUGCUUGCCUUUUUCUAUUUGGGUAAGCUGUACCGCGAAUUCAUUGUUCCAGAGAGGGAAGUGCAAUUGAGAAAUCUAAACAACAGUAUUGACGCUUACAAGUUCAUUGUGACAUACUGUGAUAAGCACGAGAGUGCGAAAAAUCUGAUGAGCGCCGAACUUGGAAUAUGCAGAGAAAUGCUCGAGUUGCUGCCACUGAAACUGCGCAGAUUGAGCGAAGCAUAAACAGUCAACUUUUUCAUUUCAAAAUCAUUUUAUUUAUAAAUCUCUGGAAGUGUAGUCAACAUUAAAACAAUAACUCAUUGCAGCAA